ACCGUGAUCUGUGUGACUGAUCUCUCACGUUGCAGCCGCGGCCCCGCGCGGCUCCCCUCCCCCCACCGACCGGCAUGGCGACACCCAGAAAAACCUCCAAAAUCACCGCGAAAACACCGCGCGCCACCGUGAUCUGACUGACUGAUCUGAUCUCUCACGUUCUAGCGGCGCACCGCGCACGCGGACCCGCACACGCGAGAGAGCGCGCGCGCGCACGGCGAUUCGGUCGUCCUCCUCCGGUUUACUACUACUAGUACUUGCCACCUUCCCGACGACGUCGCCGUCGUCGUCGUCGGCGCGCGCGCGCCUCUCUCUCUCUCAAAGGAGUGGACUGCGUGCUAGUGCUAGUGCUACAGGCUACGGGUCGAGAAAGGCGAGGCCACCAGCAGAGAGCAAGCUGAGGGAGGAGACGGGGCGGCCUCUCCGCCUUGCAGAUCUCGCAUGCGCGGGCGGAGUGGACGGCGGCGGAGGAGGCGGCGGAGGAGGAGGGCGCAGUAGGGGAGGCGUACGGGCGGCGGCGGCGGCGGCAUGGGCGGGGCGAGGCUGGGGAGAUGGGUGGAGGGGAUGUCGGCGGACAACGUCAAGGGCCUCCUGCUGGCGCUCUCCUCCAGCCUCUUCAUCGGCGCCAGCUUCAUCGUCAAGAAGAAGGGCCUCAAGAAGGCCGGCGCCUCCGGCGUCCGCGCAGGUGUUGGUGGCUACUCUUACUUGCUUGAACCAUUGUGGUGGGCAGGAAUGACAGCAAUGAUUGUUGGAGAAAUCGCCAACUUCGCAGCUUAUGCUUUUGCUCCUGCUAUCUUGGUCACUCCACUUGGUGCACUUAGCAUAAUUAUCAGUGCUGUUCUUGCACACAUUAUUCUGAGAGAGAAGCUACACAUAUUUGGUAUACUCGGGUGUAUUCUUUGUGUUGUGGGUUCGACAAGUAUUGUGCUUCAUGCCCCUCCAGAGCGUCAAAUUGAGUCUGUGGCAGAAGUAUGGGAUCUAGCUACUGAACCAGCAUUUCUACUAUAUGCAGCCAUUGUGCUUGCAGCAGCUUUUGUGCUCAUAUUCCAUUUUGUCCCACAAUAUGGUCAGACCCAUAUCAUGGUGUAUAUUGGUGUCUGUUCUCUCGUGGGAUCCUUAUCGGUCAUGAGUGUCAAAGCUCUUGGGAUAGCAUUGAAGCUGACAUUUUCAGGGAUGAACCAGCUUGUUUAUCCACAGAUGUGGGUGUUCUUACUUUUUGUAGUUGCAUGCAUAGUAACACAGAUGAACUAUCUGAACAAGGCCCUUGACACUUUCAACACUGCAGUGGUUUCGCCCAUAUAUUAUACGAUGUUUACAUCCUUGACCAUUUUGGCCAGUGUGAUAAUGUUCAAGGACUGGGAUCGUCAAGAUCCAACACAAAUUGUCACGGAGAUGUGCGGUUUUGUUACAAUCCUUUCUGGGACAUUUCUUCUUCACAAGACAAAGGAUAUGGUGGAUGGUCUCCCACCAAAUUUACCUAUCCGACUACCUAAACACGCCGAGGAGGAUGGUUAUGCUGCUGAAGGAAUUCCUCUCAGAUCUGCUGCUGAUGGCAUUCCACUCAGGUCACCGAGGGCCACGGAAUCGUUUCGUGCGACAUUAUAACCUGCUAAUGCUUGCAACCGUGCUUCAAGGUUUAUACUCCAGCAGCAACGCUAGCUCCUCAAUGUGGGAAGGGAAGAAUCUCCAUUCUUUCAUUGGAUACACACUCCAUAGGUUGACUGUAGGAUCCAAAGGUAACGGCUCGGCCCCCCCUGUAAUUUUUUCAGACAUCCGUACAAAAUUUUGGGGGUCAUUACAUCAGUUAUUAUACAUAUCUUCGGGUGAGAUAACCAGGAUGGCCAAGAAUCCCAAGUUCUGAACUGUAAAUCGCUGUGAGCCAUAGAGGUCAUUGGUCUGGAACUGUUGUAUUCUUUCAAAUACAAUAGGCAAAUAGCUCACUCAUAAUACAAGAAGAGGUUGAAAGAGCGCAUGCUGUCUGUAGUCAUUGUUGCCCCUUGCAA